AUGGCGCAUCCGGCAAGCAACCAUGCGGCGUUGCAGCAGCAGUUGCUGCAGCAGCAGCUGCUGCAACAACAGCAGCAACAGCCCUACUCACGCACAGACAGAUACACGCCCAUGACGCAUAUGGGUUCGGGCUAUCAACAGGUCCUCCAACAAUCCCCGAAUGACGGAGGCAGCCACGGCUACAGCGCCGGCGUACACGGGGGCCCUCACCCGUCUUCUUCUGGUGCAGGGGUAUCUGCUGCAUUUGGAAAUGAGCGGGAGGAGGGGGCUUCUGCGAUGUACAGACGGAACCGGCGGAAAGCGACACUAAAGAUGGUGCUGGUGUCUGUCAUUUUGGUUUCUUUUCUCUGCAACUUCGACCACGGAGUCAUCCCUGCCAUCCUCAGUGAAAUACAAAAAAAUUUCAACAACCAAAUUAAAUUUGUCGAACAGAGUCUCUUCGGAUCCCUCGUCUACUUCGGCCUCAUCGUUGGCAGUCUCUUCGCAGGCAUCGCGCUGCAGAGUUACGGAGCCAAGUGGCUUUUGGUGGGGAGUUUGUUGUGCUUGGAAUCCUCUCUUUUUUUCUUUUCAAGCUCGAACAGUUUGCUGUUGAUGUACUUCAUGAGAUUCAUCACCGGCCUGUGCCAGGCUGUGCCUGUUGUUUAUUUGCCCGUCUGGGUAGACGAUUACGCCCCCGAGGGAGAAGUCACAAGAUGGAUGUCCUACACACAAUUAGCAGGCAUAGGAGGUGGGCAGAGAGCCCUCGUUGAGCACACCACAACGACAUUUUUGUUCUUCUUUCUUUGGUUCACAUCACUGAAAUGCAGCCGCACCUUUGUUGUUAGUUUGCUUUUCAUCGACAAAAUACAAUUAUCGGUGGCGCUAGCGCCAGUGGUGCUUCUUUUGGCAGCCCUUCCCGCCUCUCUCGUCAAUCUAUCGGACAGAAGCCAGGCUAGACCUGAGCGGCAGAGAACGGGCCUCAGUACCAUUGGGGAGGCGGAGGGUGCUGGGUCUUCUUGCAUGUCUAAUUUCUUUUCUGCUUGGACAGAAGUGAAAUCUUUGCUUCGCAAUCCCCUUUACGUCGUUGUGACGAUGGGGAUGAGUGCUUUGUACUUCGUAGUGACUGGCAUUCAGUUCUGGGUGACGGAGUUUCUGGUCUCAGUUCUGCACUUUCAGAAGCUUUCAGUUGUUGCACUCAGUACUUUCUGCUUCCUCACCGCUCCAACCUCAGGCGUCUGGUUCGGGGGCUAUGUGUGCGACCUCUGUGGGGGCUAUCGAGGUGGCGGCCAGCAGCGCGUUGCUGUACGCGUAACAACUCUAUUUGCAGGGAUAGGAGCGACAUUAGCAGUGACUUGUAUCUACGUAGAGUCUUUUAUUCUCUUUGCUCUUCUUCUUUGGGGCUGUCUUUUCUUUGGAGCCGCACUGGUGCCAGUUGCUGUCGGUAUUCAACUUGCAAGCGUUCCGCUGCACCAACGUAGCAUUUCCUCUGCCCUAAGCCAAUUCGCCUAUAACAUGUUCGGCUGGUUUAGUGCGCCUCUCGUUUCGGGGGUUGUGAUGGACUUCAUUGACUGGUGCCACCCAGCGGGAGGCAAAGAACUGCCGCUCCGGUUUGGGUUUGAAAUGAUCUUGUGGGUUUCUGUCGUGGGUUUUGCUCUCUUCGCCGUCGCGAACACUUUAGUGCAGCAGGCUUUCCCCUCAGAAGAUAUUGAAAAAGAGGAGCUGGAGCUGCAACUUGCACGCACGCGGAUGCCUACAUUGUCUUUUUAA